UAUAUUAAAGAAAGGAAAAGAAAAAGAAAAAAACACACACAUGACACUCUCUCUCUCUCUCUCUCUCCCCUAAAUUAAACCCUCUCUUCGCUCUUCCACAACGCCUUCUCAUCAUCAUCAUCUUUAUAUGCUCGUUCCCUGCUCUUUGUUUUCCGGCGAACAAGUAGAAGCGAUAAGACUGCGCCAAAGAAAAGCAAGUCAAAUCUGCAUGACCCGUCGAUAUUACGAGGCAUAGAUCAGGAGGAGAGGAGGAGAGGAGGAAAGGAGGAAACUCAUAAACUGUUGUACGCAGGCAGUUAGCAGCUCUCAGUUGCCAGUUGCCGUUGAAGAAAGACUGAUAAAUAAAGAGAUAUAGAUCGAGGUCUGAGGAUCAAGGAAAAAGUGGAGAGGAGAGUGUGAAAAAGCUUCAAGGCUUUUUCUCGUCUUUACAGGAAAAUGAAGUAAUCUCUAUGAAAUUCAAGCAAGAUCUGCUUCGAAACUCUUCAUCGAAUAAAACGCUACUUCACGAGAUCCAAUCCACCUUCAACCAUCGCCGAAUCAACCUUCCUUUGCUGUUCAUAUCUCUUGACCUCCAGCCACUCCAAGAAUCUUCAACCCCAAGCCUAAGAUACUAAUAAACGCAAAAAAGGGAAGAGAAAUCUACACCGUAUCCUCCAAAGUGCAGAAAAGGAGUGAAAAUUCAAAGUUGAAGCAUAAUUUGUAGGAAUGGCAUCAUCGUCCAAUUCUCCAUGUGCAGCAUGUAAGUUUCUCCGGCGAAAGUGUCAGCCGGAGUGUGUGUUUGCGCCAUACUUCCCACCGGACCAACCCCAGAAGUUUGCCAACGUGCACAAAGUGUUUGGUGCCAGCAACGUGACGAAGCUUCUCAACGAACUGCACCCACACCAGCGCGAAGACGCCGUCAACUCCUUGGCUUAUGAGGCUGACAUGCGGCUCCGAGACCCAGUUUACGGCUGCGUGGGCGUCAUCUCUGUCCUCCAACACCAACUCCGCCAACUCCAGAUGGAUCUCAGCUGUGCCAAAUCUGAGCUCUCCAAGUACCAGAACUUGGGAAUCACCAGUCACGGCCUCAUUGCGGCAGCAGCGGCCGCAGCCACGGCCACGGCCACCACCCACAAUCACCACCACCAUCCACAGAACCUGGGAAUCAACCUCAUUGGUGGUGGCCGGGAUCAUCACUACCAUCACCAGUUCUUCCCAAGGGAGCAACAACAGAUGAUCAGGACCUUUGAUGCUACCAACAACUACGAUGCAAGCCUUCUGGCCAUGAACGUUUCCGCAAGCAUUGGACAACUCAGUCAGUUUCACCAACCGAGGGCUGCUGGAGGCGACGAUCGCCGGAGCAUUGAUCCCUCUUAGGGUUUUCCAGAAAAAAACUUACUCCAAAUCCCAUUAAUGUCUGUUGGUUGUGAACAAGAUUCAGCAUUUUAAGUCGAGAGAGAGAGAGAGCGAGCUUAGUGUUGACUUCAUCUUAAUACCCUUUCAUAGACAAUUUUGUUAUAUUUAGUGUACUGCCUCUUAAUCUUUCUCAAUAUAUUAAUUAUCUUCA